AUGUCUAUAUUAACAAAGUUACGCUGCAUCACAGUGGAUGUUACUGGUACACUAAUCGCUUACAAAGGAGAACUUGGUGACUAUUAUUGCAUGGCAGCCAAAUCUGUGGGACUGCCUUGCCCAGACUAUAACCAUACGCAUGAGGGCUUUAAGCUGGCAUACACAGACAUGGCAAGAAAGCAUCCGUGCUUUGGGUUUGCUGAAAAGAUUCCCAACAUCAUAUGGUGGAAGACUUGUGUGAGAGAUUCCUUUAUCAGGGCAGGAUAUGAUUACGAUGAGGAGACAUUUGAGAAGGUGUUCAAACGCAUAUAUGCAAGCUUUGGUUCUUCUGCACCUUAUACCAUCUUUCCAGAUUCCCAGCCGUUCCUUAGAUGGGUUCGUAAAAAGGGUCUAACAGUUGGUAUUGUUAGCAAUGCUGAGUAUCGGUAUAAGGAUGUAAUUCUUCCGGCCUUGGGACUAAAUCAGGGAUCUGAGUGGGACUUUGGUGUGUUCUCUGGUCUCGAAGGAGUACAGAAGCCUGACCCAAGAAUAUAUGAGAUUGCCUUGCAAAGGGCUGGAAAUAUUGCCCCAGAAGAAGUUCUCCACAUUGGUGACAGCUUCCGUAAAGACUAUUUGCCAGCAAAAAGCAUAGGGAUGCACGCGCUAUUGUUGGAUAGGUUUAAGACGCACGAUGCUGAAAACUGGAGGAAAUCUGGUGCUACUGUCCUCCCUGAUCUGGCAGGAUAUGAUUACGAUGAGGAGACAUUUGAGAAGGUGUUCAAACGCAUAUAUGCAAGCUUUGGUUCUUCUGCACCUUAUACCAUCUUUCCAGAUUCCCAGCCGUUCCUUAGAUGGGUUCGUAAAAAGGGUCUAACAGUUGGUAUUGUUAGCAAUGCUGAGUAUCGGUAUAAGGAUGUAAUUCUUCCGGCCUUGGGACUAAAUCAGGGAUCUGAGUGGGACUUUGGUGUGUUCUCUGGUCUCGAAGGAGUACAGAAGCCUGACCCAAGAAUAUAUGAGAUUGCCUUGCAAAGGGCUGGAAAUAUUGCCCCAGAAGAAGUUCUCCACAUUGGUGACAGCUUCCGUAAAGACUAUUUGCCAGCAAAAAGCAUAGGGAUGCACGCGCUAUUGUUGGAUAGGUUUAAGACGCACGAUGCUGAAAACUGGAGGAAAUCUGGUGCUACUGUCCUCCCUGAUCUGGUAGCUGCUCAAGAGUGGCUCAUUGCCGAGAAAUUGAGUUAUUGA